ACUUUUGAUUUUUCCCACAGAGCUGAGAGAACAGAGGUCCUGAGUGAUGAUCUGUUACAGAUCGAGCGGCGCCUGGACACAGUGCGGUCAAUGUGCCACCAUUCCCAUAAGCGCCUGAUGGCGUGCUUUCAGGGCCAGCAUGGCACAGACGCCGAGAGGAGACACAAAAAGCUCCCUCUGACAGCUCUUGCUCAGAAUAUGCAAGAAGCAUCAACUCAGCUGGAAGACUCUCUCCUGGGGAAGAUGCUGGAGACAUGCGGGGAUGCCGCGAAUCAGCUGGCCCUGGAGCUCUCGCAGCACGAAGUCUUUAUUGAGAAGGAGAUUGUGGACCCGCUGUAUGGCAUAGCAGAGGUGGAGAUCCCCAACAUCCAGAAGCAGAGGAAGCAGCUCGCUAAAUUGGUAUUAGACUGGGAUUCGGUCAGAGCCAGGUGGAACCAAGCUCACAAAUCUUCAGCAACAAACUUUCAGGGACUUCCAUCAAAGAUAGACACUCUCAAGGAGGAAAUGGAUGAAGCUGGAAAUAAAGUAGAGCAGUGCAAGGAUCAGCUUGCAGCAGACAUGUACAACUUCAUGGCCAAAGAGGGGGAAUACGGCAAAUUCUUUGUUACGUUAUUAGAAGCCCAAGCAGAUUACCAUAGAAAAGCAUUAGCAGUCUUAGAAAAGGCCCUUCCCGAAAUGCGAGCCCAUCAAGAUAAGUGGGCAGAAAAGCCGGCCUUCGGGACUCCUCUGGAGGAACACCUCAAGCGCAGCGGGCGGGAGAUCGCUCUGCCCAUCGAAGCCUGCGUCAUGCUGCUCCUGGAGACGGGCAUGAAGGAGGAGGGCCUUUUCCGAAUUGGGGCUGGAGCCUCCAAGCUGAAGAAACUGAAAGCUGCUUUAGACUGUUCCACUUCUCACCUGGAUGAGUUCUAUUCGGACCCCCAUGCUGUAGCAGGCGCUUUGAAAUCCUAUUUGCGGGAAUUGCCAGAACCUCUGAUGACUUUCAAUCUGUAUGAAGAAUGGACGCAAGUUGCGAGUGUACAGGAUCAAGACAAAAAACUUCAAGAUUUGUGGAGAACCUGUCAGAAGUUACCACCUCAGAAUUUUGUUAACUUUAGGUAUUUAAUCAAGUUCCUCGCAAAGCUCGCUCAGACCAGUGACGUUAACAAAAUGACCCCCAGCAACAUCGCCAUUGUGUUAGGCCCUAACUUGCUGUGGGCUAAGAAUGAAGGAACGCUCGCUGAGAUGGCAGCGGCCACCUCUGUCCACGUGGUCGCAGUGAUCGAACCCAUCAUUCAGCACGCCGACUGGUUCUUCCCUGAAGAGGUGGAGUUCAAUGUAUCAGAAGCAUUUGUACCUCUCACCCCCCCGAACUCUAAUCACUCAACCCACACUGGAAACGACUCUGACUCAGGGACCCUGGAAAGGAAGCGGCCUGCCAGCAUGGCGGUGAUGGAGGGGGACUUGCUGAAGAAGGAGAGCUUUGGUGUGAAGCUUAUGGACUUCCAGGCCCACCGGCGGGGUGGCACUCUAAAUAGAAAGCACAUGUCCCCCACUUUCCAGCCGCCACUCCCACCCACGGAUGGCAGCACCUUGGCGCCAGCAGGCCCAGAGCCCACUCCCCAGAGCUCUAGGGCUGACGGCAGCUCAGGGGGUGGGGCUGUCUCCUCCUCUGCGGGCGUCCUGGAGCAGGGGCUGAGCCCGGGCGACAGCAGUCCUCCCAAGCCCAAGGAUGCUGUGCCCACAGCUGUCCCUGCACCGGGGAGAAACAGCAGUCCACUGACCACUGGCCCAAGCCAGGCCCAAGCAAUUGCUGGCUCUCACCAGCUCUCAGCAGGUACCAGCCACAGUGCAGCAGGCCCCAGCCCUCACGCCGUGCGCCGAGCAGUGAAGAAGCCGGCACCAGCACCCCCCAAACCAGGAAACCCACCUCCUGGCCACCCUGGGGGCCAGAGCUCUCCAGGAACGUCGCAGCUUCCACCCAGCCCAUCCCCAAAGUCGUCCAGCCAAAGUCCUUCUCCGCCCCCGCAGCACCCAGGCCAGGCUCCCGGCCAGCCCGCCGCCACUGCGCAGCUCUCGGCUCCCCGGAGGUACUCGAGCAGCCAGUCUCCAAUACAAGCUCCCAGUCACCCGCCGCCGCAGCCCCCGACGCAGGCCACGUCACUGACGCACACCAAGCCCGUGGCCUUGCCCAGCGAGCAUGGACCUGAGCAGCCGCCUCACACCCCACCCCAGACUCCAACACCUCCAAGUACUCCACCCCUGGGAAAACAGAACCCCGGCCCCCCAGCCACCCAGGUGGGAAGUCACCCUGAGACUGCACAGCCACACACUGGCACCCUCCCGAGACCGAGACCCGUGCCAAAGCCAAGGAACCGGCCCAGCAUGCCCCCACCCCCGCACCCGCCCGGCACCCACCCAGCGGGCGACGGCAGCCUCAGCAGCACAGCACCCACAGCCUCCAAAAUCGUCACGGACAUCAACUCUAGGGUCUCAGAGCCGCUUCGCAGCGUCUUUCCCGAAAUGCACUCGGACUCAGCGAGCAAAGAGGUGCCUGGCCACAUCCUGCUGGACAUAGACAAUGACACGGAAAGUACCGCGCUGUGAAGAAUAGCACUGUCCCCCAGCCCUGGACCCUGUCCACCCCCGUGAGCGGGACAGAGCGCCAGACACACCUAUCUUUGCAGACCAAACAGCGAACAGCUUUCAGUGAAGGGAGAGAGAGGCCUCCCCCUGCAGGUCUCGACCUUCUGCUUGGCUCAAGGAGACCACGGAGGCCGGCACUUAAAGCUGAAUGACCUGUUGACCUGUGUCUUGAAGAAAUCGUUUCUCUUUACUUGGGUAAAGACAUAAUGCCAAAAAAAAAAAAAAAAAAAAAGCAAAAGCAAAGAGAUAGCUAGACGUGUAUGAGACGCUUCUGUCGCUGCUAAGGCAGGUGGCACCACAGCUGUCCGGAGUGAGGAAGAAGCCAUGCGUUACCUAUUUAACAAAGUGCAUUCAUUCUGCAAGGCUCCUACCCUCUGUCCCUUAGACUUGCAUUUGCCUGUGCUGGCAGGGAGCUUCCACCUGCAGACUCGCUGCAGAACCAUUUCCUGUGCAGAAGGCUCUCUGUCUCCCCGCAGACCCCUCCAAACCCCAAGCAUUGAUGGUGACUGCUGGUUCUGUCACCUCGGCAAACUGGAUGUGACUUGUGCCUUGUUGGAUUGCCAGAAUGUAGAAAGAAAUGUACUGUUCUCUCUCUCUUUUUUUUU